UGAGUGCACACUGGGAUUAGAAAGAGGAGGAGUAGGGAGGUGCAGGAGGAGGAGUAGGAGGAAGAGGAAGAGGAGGAGCUGCAGAUGGGGGAAGAGGAGGCGUCCUGUCCGUCUGUGUCCAGAGGAGAGGAGCGGCCGCCAUGUUAACCAAGAAGCCCGGAACCUCGGUCCUCCCGACGGGCAAAGUGGGCGAGCCGGUCUACUCUCCUGGUCACAGUGGCUCUCAGACGACGUCGCCUGUCGCCCUGCCGCGGCUCCGUAACAACAACCACAACCCGCUGACGGUACGAGCACACCAUCAUCAGUUUGCUGGGAGCUCUAAAGCCGUCAUGUCGGACGCCGUCCAGCUGUCAUCGCAGUCGCAGGUCCAAGUCACCCAGCUGUACGAGGAGAACACAAACAAGCGUCCGGUCCUCACCUCCCAGCCCAACGGCCUGGCUCCACUCGGCUCCACCCGGCCAGGGCUGCCACUGCCGGACCGCCAGACUUCUGCCUCAGAGCCCGCCCACCACUGCCGGCAGAGCAGCGCCGCCUCCAAUAAGUCGACAGACGGCAAGCCAAAAACCACCGCCUUGACCCCGGAGCAGGCCAUGAAGCAGUUCAUGUCCAAAAUGUCGUCGUUUGAACACCACGAGGUGUUCAACUACCCUGAAGUGUAUUUUGUUGGUCCAAAUGCCAAGAAGAGGUCAGGGGUCAUGGGCGGAGCCAACAACGGUGGCUACGACGACGAUCAGGGAUCCUACAUCCAUGUUCCACAUGACCACAUCUCGUACCGCUACGAAGUCCUGAAGGUCAUCGGCAAGGGCAGCUUUGGACAGGUGGUGAAGGCCUUCGACCACAAGUCUCAGACCCACGUGGCUCUGAAGAUGGUCCGCAACGAGAAACGCUUUCACCGGCAGGCGGCGGAGGAGAUUCGCAUCCUGGAGCACCUGAGGAAGCAGGACAAGGACUCGGGCAUGAACGUCAUCCACAUGCUGGAGAACUUCACCUUCCGAAACCACAUCUGCAUGACCUUCGAGCUGCUCAGCAUGAACCUGUACGAGCUAAUCAAGAAGAACAAGUUCCAGGGCUUCAGCCUCCCGCUGGUCAGGAAGUUUGCCCACUCCAUCCUGCAGUGUCUGGACUCUCUGCACAAGAACCGCAUCAUCCACUGCGACCUCAAGCCUGAGAACAUUUUGCUCAAGCAGCAGGGACGCAGCGGCAUCAAGGUCAUCGACUUUGGUUCUAGCUGUUAUGAACAUCAGAGAGUUUACACUUACAUCCAGUCCAGGUUCUACCGAGCGCCAGAGGUCAUUCUAGGCUCUAGGUAUGGGAUGCCUAUCGACAUGUGGUCUCUGGGCUGCAUCCUGGCCGAGCUGCUAACUGGUUACCCGCUGUUGCCGGGCGAAGACGAAGCCGACCAGUUGGCCUGCAUCAUCGAACUGGUUGGCAUGCCCAGCCAGAAGCUCCUCGACGCCUCCAAGAGAGCCAAGAACUUUGUGUCGUCCAAAGGAUACCCGCGGUACUGCACCGUCACCACGCUUCCCGAUGGCACCACCGUGCUCAACGGUGGCCGCUCGCGACGAGGGAAGGUACGUGGCCCGCCGGGCAGCAAGGACUGGAGUGUGGCACUGAAAGGCUGCGACGACCCGCUGUUCCUGGACUUCCUCAAACAGUGUUUGGAGUGGGAUCCGGCUCUCAGGAUGACACCCAGCCAGGCGCUGCGCCACCCCUGGCUGAGGAGGCGACUUCCUAAGCCGCCAACAGGAACCACCACUGGGGAAAAGACCUCCUCCUCCUCCAAACGGGGCACCACCACCACCGAUGGCGCAAUCACCUCAAUCUCCAAACUCGCCACCACCUCCUCAACCACCACGUCCUCCUCCUCCAAAACCAGGACUAACUUGGCGGCGAUCACUGACGCCAACGGAAACAUCCAGCCUAGGACGGUUUUGCCCAAGCUGGUCAGCUGAGAGUGAAUGCACCCCACUCGCUGUGGUGUUGUAAGCUCAUGAGCGUCCGUGAGCAAACCAGCUGGAACUGAAUAAAACUGGUUUUGUCCAGUUUUGAAGAGCGUUUGGUUUUUUCACGCUGGUUUUCACAGCGUUGUUGGAGUGCGUUCAAGACAAAUGCAGUUGUGGAAACUCAGCGUUUGGGGUGUUAAAAUGUGCAGAAUGGGCCAGGCUGGGAUGUAAAAGCUGAGCUGAAGGAAACUUUACUGAUAAAUCUGGGUGCGUUCAGACUCCUCAACUUGUCAGUCCUGUCUGGGAAAAAAAGAGACGAUAGUUGUUUUUACGUUACGAGCAGCGCAACAGGAAGUAACCACGUAAUGUUGAUCGCGGAAGGCUGCUCAGACAAUCAGAACACACCACUCUGUAGCUCCAAACACACAAACACAUCACAAACAUGGUGCUGACGGAGGGAACAAGGCUUUUUUUUAUGUUUUUAGCACAGAAUCUAUUCAGCUGAGCUGAUCGACGAAUCGAUUAGACACCAAAAACAACUUUUUACGACCUUAGUCUUACGAGGUUAUAUCUGCAGACGAACAUGUCCUGAAACUAAAAAUCAACGAUUGGGUCGCUCUAAUCUUUGUGUCAUAUCAUGAAAUAACAUAUUUUUACGUUUCAGUCAAUCAAAACAAAUUUUAAGCAACCUGAACCAUCUAACUAGUUAGCUGGCUAACUGUCUUAGCUCAGCUGAUGUUUUACAGUGUAGCUAGCCCGUGUUAUCGAGCUAGCUUUGUGCCUGUCGGCUGGCUAACUGUUUACCGGCUGUUGGUUUGUCAGACAGCUACUUGUUUUGUGUUUAGCUGUCACUUUGCUACCUGUUUAACUUUUAAUAUCUGUCAGCUAGCUACAGCUAGCUCACUAUUUGCCUUUUUUUGGCAGUCUGGUGGCUAGCCUUAGCCUUCUUUUAGCCAUAGCCUGUUAGCUCUCCACUGCCCGGCCUUACGAAACACAGAUUUUUUAAAAGUUUCUUUUUUUUUUCUCUCUGAAGCUUAGCAAAAGAUGCUAACUUCCCUUUUUAAGCAACCAAAUCUGAUUUGUUAAGGACACAACAUGGCUGAAGGAGGACAGACAAGAAGGUAGGACAAAGGUUAGAGUUAUAAGUCAAAGGACGAAUGGGAAUGUUCAGAACCAAAGUCUAGAAAAUUAAGAUGUUGGUGGCAAUUAGCUAAAAAAAUUUGGUAAUUUUUUAGGGAUGCACCAAAAUGAAAAUUCUUGGCCGAAACUGAAACACCGAAGGUAUGAUUAUGUCAAUUAUUAGAACCGUCGCAUUCAUAGCUGUAACCUCACAAAAGUCAAGGUAUUGCAAUUCAAAGAGUAAAUCAAUUAGUACGAAAGUAUGAAAAUAUUUAUUUAGCACUGACGUUACAACAAUGCAGAAUAUAAAUUAAAAUUAAAAAAACAAAAUGUUUAACUGGUCUUCUGAAAGAUUCUAAAAUUAAAUAUGUUCUCUCAUAAAGAGGAUCCUGCAGGAUCUCAUUGAACACAUCAGACAGCGAAGGUGCAUGCACCACAUUUCUCGUGCGCGCUGCUUUAUUCCAACAUCCAAGUAAUGAUCCUUAUAACGCGGAUCAAGUACAGUCGCGAUGAAGUGCAGAGGAUCCAAAUAGAUCUCAGUGAAAGGUGUGUUCACAGACUCCAAGCGUGGUUUUCGCUCCGUGGUCCGUCUCAACCUCUUUGCUUAGAAGACGCUUUAGACGGGGUUGUAAAGGCGUAUGGUGGCAGCGGACAGACUGAUCCCAGGCGGCAAUCUAGGACUAGGACGCACGGCGCAUCUAGGGCGCACAAGCGGACGUGCGGGCGCACAAGAAAACAUUCGCCUUGGGCGGUGUUGUGAUUUGCCCAGGGCGAAAAAAUGUGGCCAGGACCGGCGCUGGUCCUAAUUAACUAAGGGAGUACUGUACAAAAUGCCUGUAAAAAGGUGUAUAAAAGUGUGUGGUUAGACCUUUUACGGACUUUAAACAUGUAGAAUAAUUGUAAAACUUACUCCGGAUUUCGUUUAUUGUGGGUUAUUUUUAGAACGUAUCCCCUGCGAUAAACGAGGGACCACUGUACAUCCACACCGCAGACAUGUUGACUCUUACCCAGAUAACCGUGUGCUGGCUGCAUUUCCUGCUUGCGUCAUCACAAUUCUGUUUCGGCCGUGUUGUUUCGGUGAUGUAGGUCUUUCGGCCGAAAACCGAAGUUUCGGUGCAUCCCUACUAUUUUUAAAUGUAAUCAAACAGAAGCUGCCGCUCGAAGCUAACGUGGGUCAAACUAUUGCCUGGAUAGACAAACAACAGAAACAAGCUCGUUUUAAACUAAUUUUACGAUCUAUGAUUUAUGAUUUUUAUCACGCUAAUAAAACUCCAGGCUUCAGGAAACGACCUUCAGACACGCAGGAAUCACAUGACCCCAAAAUACCUUCCGUAAUGUCACAGCCUAGAGCAGUGUUCGUCUGUAUAGAGCGCUCACUGUGUUUAAAUGAUCAGUUAUAAUCGUCUGUGUGUCUGAACAACGAAGACGUUUUAUGGCGGUCCUUUAAACUUUUAUGUAACUCGAGCUCAGCUGUAAGCAAUAGCCUGAAGGGACCUUAAAUAUAGGUCCAGUGCAAAGAAAUGUGAGCCUCGAGUUGUAUUUUAGGACGACAAACUGUAACACUUUGUUACUGUCGUCAGUCCGCGGAGGUCAGCUUGUUAUGAAAGAGAGAGGGAGCCUUCUGGGUUCAAGGUGGGAACAAUUUCUAUACCAGCUCAACACAUCGUGAAGUCUCAGCCAAGAAAUACUGCAAUAUAUGUUUGGAACAAAAAGCCUUUUUACAGCCUCGGCUAACUUCGAAGCUAACGCGAUGUUAACGCGGGUGAUUCCGAGAGGAUUAAAUGUGAAACGUGUCCGGUAAAACAAAGAUAAUAAUGUCGUCACAAAGAGCUCCAGUCACAUCAGGACGUGUACGGGCGUUUCCUCAGCUGCUUGCAGUGGUUGUCACAACCGUAGGCGACUGUUCAGAUUCUUAAUAUAAUAAAAAUAAUGAUGUCACAUUAGAUGAACAUAAAUAUAAUGACAAUACUAAAAAACAAGUGAGAGGUAAAAGCUGAUUACAGGAGAGACUUUUAUAUAAAUACAUAUCAGUGUAUGUUUGUCGUACCGGCUUUAAAAAGGUGUACGUCAGACUUUAUUACUUGUUUUACGGGUCGU